AAUGGCCUCCUUAACAGGAGGCCUUAAUGUUUUGAAAGGAUCUCUUCCGCUUCACUUCACACACAAUACAAAACCUUUUAAAUGCCAAUCUCAACACAAUGCCCGUCAGAUUAAUGUGCACCUGACUGUAAUUAUGCAAAUUUGAAGUAAUUAGCCAAGAAACCUGGUUGCUCUAAUGAGUUGUUGCAAAAGAGUACAGGCUAAUUUCAGAUAAUGAGCCUCACAUUGUGCGCUCCGGUUUACAUAACACAGAAACUAAAUGUCUCAUUUUAAAGGGAUUCCCAUAUGCAGUAACAGCCUCCCACAGACUUCAUCUCCAUACAAAUGCAUUACAAAUUAGACUCAGUAUGUUUGCCAGUUUACGCAGCUAAGUCUUAAAAAAAAUACAAUGUUUUUAUCUACCUGCCACAAACAUGCCUCUUUACAGCUAUUUCGGCCCAGGUCACCUAUUGACCUGACAAGUAAGUGUCAGGGGAGAGCGCACAUGUCAGCUGCAGGUGGAAACUCUCAGCAGGGAGCGAUGCUGUGGCUGCUGGCUGCCACAGUUGAAGAAGAGGAUAUCACAGCACUGAGGGACUGCAGCUAAGCAGUUAACUUCGGUAUCAACCUGGAGGUCUCUAACCCUCUUAAGAUGUACGGCCUCUACUUAGAAGCAGUGAACGAUUACAUAAAUGAAUCAUACGGAGAAGAUGUGUGGAGAUUGAUCGAGAACCGAGCAGAGAUACCCCACCUCAAGUUUGUCCGACAUCAGAUGUACAAUGACAACCUGAUUCUGCGGUUGGCAAAGGCAGCAGGCGAGGUUCUAGGAAAGACCCACGAUGAGCUGAUGUACGCCUUCGGGGUCUACAUGGUCAAGAGGAUUGGAAACUACGGAUAUGAGCGGAUCCUAAAGGUUUUGGGGCGAAAUGUGCGCGACUUCAUCAAUGAGCUGGACAACCUGCACGAGUACUUUCGCUUCUCCUUUCCCAAAGUGCAGCCACCGAGCUUCUGCGUGGAGGAGGAAUGCGAGACGAGCCUCACGCUGCACUACCGCAGCACCCGCAAGGGCUUCACUCAGUUCGUCAAAGGGCAGCUCUCUCAAGUGGGACGCCAAUUCUACAACACAGAUAUCGAAGUGGAAAUCCUAUCUAAAGAGGAAACCGAGAAAAUGACAUAUGUGGUUUAUAAGAUGAACUUCGAUAACGCCGCCUUCAAACACCGCAUGCCCCAGCAGAAGACGGCGCCGAGCUACGAGAAGCUGCCAAUGAAGCGAGGUAUCUUCUUUGACAUGUUCCCCUUCAGCGUCAUCUUCCGCCGCGACAUGACUAUGUACCGCAUUGGUGACGGCCUCAAAGAGGUCUUCUCUGACCUCCAGGGCAAGAAAGUCAACGAGGAGUUCACUCUGAUCAGACCCAUGCUGGAGUUCAGCUGGGAUAAUAUUUACACCCAUUUGAACAACGUGUUUGAAUUGCUGUCUAAAGCGGUGGUGGAGAGCAAGCAGAAGGUCAACAUCCCCAAACUGAACAAGGAGGAGCCAGAGGAGAAGGAAGAGAGCGAGAAAGCCAAGAGGGAACAAGAACGAGAGCCGAAGGCGGUGGAGGAGAUGAAGGGCACAGACCAAGAGUACAGCAGCUCUCUCACCCAAUACAACAGCUCUACAAACUCUGGAGGGGAAGACAUUGAACUGCUGGCGUUCCAGACUAUCAUCGGAAAGUGUAGUGAGACCAUCUUUGAGGACAUGCGGGAGCCUCCAAAGAAGCCUCUCCACCUGAAGGGCCAGAUGAAGUACGUCCCCCCGUGGGACUCCCUCAUCUUCUUGGGGACACCCAUCAUAGAGACAGUGGAGGACAUGAUAAAGAUGGGUGUGUACGUGAACGAUCUGAACCUGCAUGACUCCAGCAGAGAGCUGAUUUUGGCCGGGACACAACAAUCGGCUGAGCUGCAGCUGGCCCUCGACCAGGAGCAACAAAAAUAUGCCCAGCUGCAGGAAAUCAUCAAAAAGCUGGACGAAGAGAAGAAGAGAGGAGAUUCUUUGCUGUACGCCAUGAUCCCUAAAGCUGUGGCCGACCGUCUCAGGAAAGGGAUCACUGCUCUGGAGACAUGCCAGGUCUUCCCAGAUGUGACCAUCCUGUUCAGCGACGUUGUCAAGUUUAACGAGAUCUGCAUCCACAUCACACCCAUGCAGGUGGUGGACAUGCUCAAUGAGAUCUACAUUGUCUUCGACACUCUCAGCGAGAAGCACAAUGUCUACAAGGUGGAGACUAUUCGUGAUGCCUACAUGGUGGUUGCGGGCGUGCCCAACAAGACAACCUUUCACGCGCACCACAUCUGUGACAUGGCGCUGGACAUGCUGAGCUCCAUCGACCACCUCAAAGACCCCUCCACUGGAGAUAACAUCCAGAUUAGAGUUGGUAUUCACUCAGGUAUGGUGGUGGCUGGUGUGGUGGGCCUGAAGAUGCCUCGCUAUUGCAUGUUUGGCGACACUGUGAACACUGCCUCGAGGAUGGAGAGCAACGGAGUGGGCAUGCAGAUACACAUCAGUCAGACCACCAAAGAUCACCUGGAACAUGAGCCCUUUAUCAUUGAGGAGAGGGGCAAAAUAUUUGUGAAGGGUAAAGGCUACAUGAAGACCUACUGGCUGAAAGGAAAGCAAGAUCUAUCGUUCAAGACCCCGGCAGAGCUGCGCUACAGCAGCGAACAGAAAGACUCUGAUGACAAGAGCUCUAAUGGUUCCACAAGCACCAAUGCUAAACGCAUGGGAUCCAACCUCCACAUCCCCGGCAAUGAGGAGCAAGCUGAAGGAAAGCCAAGCCCCAGCGACCUCCCCCUGGACACCCUGCCCCCACAAGAGGCCGCUAACGAGACCCCUGCCAUUUCAACCGAGCCCCAGGAGAAGGAGAAAGCCAAAAAGACUAAGAACAACAAGGGGGCCAAGCUGGAUGUGCCCCAAGCAAACACAGUGCCGGAGUCUUCUCCGCCCGCUGACGGGCUGGAAAACCCGGGUCCUUUACUCAACAUCAAGAAAAACAGCUUCAGACAGCAGUACGCCAAGCUGCCCGCCAACCUGCCCAUUCGCAGCGCCUCCUGUUCCAUUCUGUGAGCACAUGGUUGUAGUGAGAUUACAAGAUCACGCCAACAUGUAACUAGGAUGUGAUAUAUGUUUAAAACAUCAUUGAAGUUUAAUCAGGGGCAAGACAAAACAGGCAUUUUAAGGUUUUCAACAUAAGGUUUCUGAUGAUCUGCAUUUUACAUUUUGAAUGCCGUAUCAUGACAAGGGGUUGUGAAAGAUACAAGCUUUUGGGACAUUUUGAUUCAAAUAAGAGCGAAACUUCAACUGAAGACCAACACUUAAAUUGUUAAACCUUUCCCAGUCAACAAGUCUACUUUUAUUAAGGUAAUGUUUGUGCGAUAUUUAAGAAUACACAUGCUUGAUAUUCAGAUACUUUUAACUUGACUGCUUACAAAAGAUGCAUUCAAAGUCACAGCAUUUGAAUUAACUU